AUGAGUUCGUAUAUAAUAGCAGGCAGUUCCGAUAAAGUCGAUACAGCCGAAUGUGAGAACAUGGCCAAUCUGAUUAGACAAUACUACCCAGAAAUUUCAUUCAAGAUUGUAUUGAAAGAUCUAACUUAAUGGGAAUAAUAUGCUGAUGAGAUCUGCAGAAUCUAUGGAUUUAAAUAAAAGAGCAAUCCCAUCAUAUAUACGAUGGAUGGUUGUCUAAUUGGAGAUAGAAAUGUACAACCAUGCAAAUCAUCUAGGCAUUUAUUGCAUUGGCAGAGAGUAGAUUCGGUUUCUCUGAUCCCAAGUUAAGACAAGGUCCCAUCACUCCAGAUGUCAAUAAGAAAAUAGCCAAACAAGAAUUGGAUCAAAAGUUAAAAUUGCAGAGGGGCAAGAAGAACUUUGAUGGAGAAAAUAGAAUAACAGAUGCUCAUCAUCUAUUCUAAUAAUAUUGUUCAGCCUACAGAUGGUGUAUUCAAAUAGUCAUUUAAAAGCGGAGUCAAGGAAAAAUUGAAGACUUGGUAUGAUUCACUUAAUAACCUAAUACGAACAGAUGUAAAACGAAACUUGUCAAAUGACAGUGAUUCCUCUCUUUUAUUCUAGUUUCUCUAUAAGUUCGAUGAUAGAUUGAGACCAAUCAAAAAAUUAUAAGAAUCUCACCAUUUCGAAGAAAACAAGGAAGCUAUUCAAGAAUCUAAUUAUGUAGAUGUUGAAGUCAAAGAGGAUGGUAAAUUAGUAAUCAAACAAAUCUUAUGGUUUAGUGAAACAGCCAGAUUCCUGACUUUGGAAUAAGAAUAACUCUAAUAACAACUACAGGAAUUGGCAUAACAGAGAGAGAGGGAACAAUCUCAUAAGAAUAGCAUGAUCUCACCUGAUAUCAGAAGAGACACUAAUGAAUUAAAUGAUACCAACUCAUCUCCAAAGGCAACCAUUCAAACUCAACCAAUUGUUGAAUAACCGAAUGAAGAGGGUGAAUUGGAUGUCAUAAAAAAUGAUUAGGUUGAAGACCCUUAAUAGACUGUUCCAUAAGAUGCUGAUUAAUAACAAGAAUAGAUCAAUCCUACUAUUGAACAACAAGAAUUAGAUUAAGUCUAAUCUAUUGGAGGUGGACCAAUUGUGGAUUUACAAGAAGAUAUUGAAACUAUCCUAAAUAGUAAUUAGGAAAAGCCUGAUAAAAUUGAUGUCUCUGAAUUGUUUGUUCACAAGUUUAGAAAUGAAUACGCCCUCAUUUUGCAUCCAUUUCCAUUGAUGGAUGGUUAAAUGUUGCUAUGCAAACCGUUUGAUAAUCAUAUUGAUGAUUAUAGUUGUAUUAAAAGAGGAAGAAUAAAUUCAUAUAAGAAAAGCAGCGCAUAAUUGAAUUGUGAAGGAUUAUAUGAGCACUAAUUAGAUAUAUUUAAAGCAAUUACCAUCUAAGAUUGUGAAAUAGUCGCAAAAAUCAUUAAUAAAUGUGAUGCAUUAGUUGUUUUGAAUAUACUUCCUUAAGAUUUAGAGUCAUUUUUGCCAUUAUCAAAUGGACACUACUCCAUUAUUUUAAGAUAACAUGCUGAAUUAAAUAAAGCCAAUAAAAAACUGUUUAAGUUCCUAAAUGAGAAGAAAGUACAAGUUAAUUAUAAACAAUUAAUGCCAAUUGAGGAAUUCAUUCUUGAUCAGAGAAGCUAAUGUUACGAAGUUCAAAGGGAAAUAUUUAAACUUAAGUCUUUGGAUAUCCAACAUUACUUUGCAUUCCCUCCUUAGCUUCUAACAGCAGAAUCUGUGAUGGAUAUCAUAAUGAAGAUAUUGUCAAUCAUUUUGGAUUAUGAUCAUACUGCUGCUCUGAAAAUGGGAUUCAAUUUGCUAAUAAGCAAACACCUAGUAUUUUUAUGUCCAACAUUUUCUAAUUAUGAUGAUAUAGAUGGAUUUAAAUUACAUCUUCAAGCUUUUACAGCUAUGGGCUUUCUCAAUCUACCAACAGGAAGUUCCUCAAUCAAUUUCUUUGAUUUAUUGUAAAAAGCGCAGGAAAAAUUAUAAUAAUGA